UUGUGAAUUGCUUGGCUAACGCAUAUUUUUCCGGGUACUUUAAUGCAGUUCGUCUACACGGAGCCUACAGGCUGUUCGUUGUACCGCAAAGCGUUGAUUUUCGCGCGAGGUUCACACUAAAGCAACCACUCCUCACAUGCCGAAAACACUGAAUCGUUGAUAUCGACGCCAUUGUUGAUGUGCGUGGUGCGUGGAUUUCUCUCGGUUUGUUGCGCUUCGAAAAGAAGGAGUUAAGUGUGCACUGCGCCUGAUACAGUAAUUCCCUAUGUAACCCGGAUCCGAGCUCACGCUGGACUGGACGCGGUCCUUGCGGACCCUGUCACGGAACUGUCUGAAAGGAAAAGAACAGAGGGCCCUGGUAGACCAUGUCUGGGCGCCCGUUCCGUGGCGGCCGGCGAGGCAGCGGAUUCUUUCCACGGGCCCCGUACCGCGGUCGGGGCCGGGGCUUUAGGGGAGGGGGAUCGUACGAGGGACGUGGUCGGGGUCGAGGUAGAGGCAGCUACGGGUACAACAAACGCUACGACGAUGAUCGAGACCGGGAUCGAGACAGGUACAGCCGGGAUCGCUAUUACUCGAGGUCGCGCUCCCGGUCUCGAUCGCGUUCUCGGUCGCGGUCUCGCUCGAGAUCUUACUCCAGGUCGCGGUCCCGCUCCCGCUCUCGCUCUAAGACACCGCCAACGCAGAGAGAGUCCAGGGCACGAAAGGUCCCCACCAAGAAGGAACUGCAGGAAAUUGCCGCAGCUGUUACAAAGACGAUAGUGCAGGAAAAAGAUCAGCGACUAAGGUCAAAGACACCUGUGAGGACACGGUCUGGCUAUGCGGAUUCACCGCCAGCGUUGGCCAGCACGCGCCGUAGCUUGAGUCCCAUCAGAGGAGAUGGUGGAAACAGUCCAUACUCCUCUUCAAGGGACUACCCUGUGUCCAGGCCCAAGACCCCAUCGUUCAAACAGAAGGAUUUAUCGGGGGAUGCAGGCUUCAGGCCCAAGACCCCGUCGUUCAAACAGAAGGAUUCGUCAGGGGAUGCAAGCUUCAGGCCCAAGACCCCGUCACUCAAACCCAAGGAUUCGGGGGAUGGAGGCUUCAGGGCCCAGCUGCUGGAGCUAGCCUUGAAGGAGAAACAGAAACUGGGUCUUGACAAGUUGGAUUCACCCCGCAGCUCCAGUUCUGCACUGAAGGCAAUACAAGGAUAUUCCGGGGCACGGUCACCAGAGGAGUCUGACCAUGAAGAGGAGCCGAUCGCAAAGGACCUGUAUGAUGACUUGCCAAAGCCACUGUUUCCAAUAUCUAAUAAAGCUAGCACAGAAUCAGCUUGGAAGGCAGUAGGAAGCAAGCAAGGGUCGUCCUUGGACGUACGGAAGAAGCCCAUUGACGAUAUCUUCCCCGAUGUUGAUGAAUACGACUCACGGCGCGAUGCCUGGGACGACCGCAGGGAUGGUAAGGGCGGUGGCCUACGUUUAGAUCGCCGUCCUGAUUCACAUUCCGAUUCACAUAGGCCCGACUCGCGCACAGACUUGUACGCAGAUCUGCUGUCAGAGAGCCAUGCCAGUUUGCGGAGUGAAUCGAGGUUUCACUCGGAGGACAGCAAAAGCCAACGACAGUCGUCCACAUUGAUCCCGGGUCUGGGCAUUGAUGAAAACAUUGAUGAUGAAGACGCAUUUCUUUACGGUGACGAAGCUCUCACCACGGGGCGCCCACCGUCUGUGCAAGAGAGGCGCUCUGCACAGGAGAAGCAGCCUUUCAUGGAAGAGAGACGCCCUGCGCAGGAAAAGCAGCCUUUCAUGGAAGAGAGGAAAAAACACCUAACGCAGGAUUCAUGGAUGCCAGCGCCCCAGCGAUUCGGAGGAGGGCCUUCCUCACCAGAUGAGUCAGACCUGACCAUCGACUUAAAACUUCCUUUUGAUCGCCGCAAGACUGCCGAGCCGGCACGGCCAGGAAAGGCAUUUUCAGACAGCAGGCCGCAACAACACCAGGAGCAAUCGCUUCCCCAGCGAGGUGGCCGACGUGCCCCGGAUCGCAUUCUGGAUGACCGAUCGCCAAAGGAGUCAUGGAAGUCAAUGCAGCGGCAUAGGACGCCAUCGCCUGAACUUAGUCCACCACCCUUGUCAUCGAGGACAACGAAGCAGUCGUCAAAACAGUCGAUGCUGGGCUACAGUUCCAUAGAGUCUAUGAAGCAGGAGCUUCGUGAGCUCAAGAUGAUGCUCAGCAGAGAGAAGGAAGCCAAGGAAGAAAGCUACGAACGCAAGAGGCCGAGGACGCCCUCCGACGCGGGAUCCUACAGCCGUGGGGGUCGCAGCCCAAGCCCGGUCAAGCGCCGUCGUGACAGCUACUCCCCCAGCCACCGGCGACGUGGGCGGAGCCCUGCCGACAGCUACCGGCGGCCGUCACCCCCUUCGUACCGCCGGGAACGACGCGAGAGCCCCUACUACCGCGGUGCUGCAACACCUUCUGCCCGCCGGUACUCCCCGUCGCCAGUCAACAGUCUCUCACCAUCUUCGGACAGGUCCAUGGGAAAGCGCUGGUCGCCAAGCCCGCCGCCGAGGACACCGCGACACAGGAGGCAGGAGGGCCGGACACCGGGUCGCCGAUGGAGUCCCGAAAGCCCACCGCUGCGGCCGCGGCGAAGCAGCCUAGAGAGAACUCCCAAACACCCAUCGUCGCAGACGCCGUACUACCAAGGGUCUUCACAACCUACUCAGCCCCCAUACUAUGACAGUGGCCAGCCCUCAGGGCCGCCCUUGGUUCCGCCACCAAACUUGUCUGUACCCCCACCGAACUUCCCCAUGAAUGCGCCACCUCCUCAGGCAGCGCCGUACUUCGCAGGAUAUCCUCCACCUGCACAGGCACCGCCGGACUACUCCUACCCUCCUCCGCCGGCACAGCAGCAGCAGCAGCAGCAGCAGCAGGCGGUGCGCUCCAACCUUCGUGUCGUGCCACUCCAGAGCGCCAUGGACGGAGCCAUGUCUUCUGCAAAGGAUGAGAGAGGCUUCUCGCCUGCUAAUGUCAAGCAGGAGGAGAAGUUGACUUCAAACAAGCUGCCGCCAGUGACUCAGGAGGAGAUUGACAACUAUCUGCGGCUUGUAGAGACCAAGGAUAGCCACAGGGAUAAGCUCAACCUCCUCAAGCAGGAGCUGGUCCGCCUCGGCAAGAUCCAGAACGAGAUAAUGCGGCGGCGGCAGCACAAGCGGGACGGCCACAGGGAUCCCUUGUUGCUGGAGAGCAGCAGCAUGUACGAAGAUGUCAAGAAGCAGGUGAUGGAGGUGAACAGCAACAUGGAAGAGGUGUCUCGAAAGAUCUUCAAGGUCUCGCAACGUGUCAAGAUAGAGGCAAUUGCCUACAAGAAGCAGCAGGAGGAAGAGGCUUUGGCUGCCGAAAGCCCGGACACGGCUGGCAUCAAGUUUGUGUAUGAGGACCCACGAGACCAUUGGUGCCAGCAGUGCAAUGUGGUGGUGCCAACAAUGAACGAAAUGUUUCGCCAUUUGCACUCACCCAAGCAUAAAGAGGCCACACCUUCUCAUGAUCGACCGUGGGCUGAGAUCGAGAAGGCAGUUCCCGCAAACCAAAAAUUCCACCGUACUAUUGUCUCAACUGUCAAAGGUGUUCAAUUCCUGGUUGGCAUCUCUGGCUAUUACUGCAAGCUCUGCAAGGUGAUGAGUGGAGAUUCGGCCAUGGCCCGCACCCACUUGCAUAGCCUUGAGCACAACCAGAACUACACGAAGUACAUUCUGCUGAAUCCAUUCUAUGAGCGUCGGUGGAAGAUGGAGAAAGACAUUGCUCUUGGUGCUGCCAUUAAGGAAGAAAAGGAUAAACAAGAGAAAGAUAAGGAGAAAGAAAAGGAAAAAGACAAGGAAAAAGACAAGGAAAAAGACCGCGAGAAGGACAAGUCAAGGUCACGCUCACGCUCGCGCUCUCCAUCUGAGCACGGUUCCUCGAAACGGCACAAGUCAAACCGUAAAGAAGAGCAAGAGAAGAUACGACGAAAGAAUGAGGAGCUGCAAAAGGCAGAGCGUGAGAACAGCCGUUCAGUUAAGGAAUUGGACGAUGCUGAAAUGAAUCCGAAGAAGGGCGUGAAGGCCAGCUCACCGCCACCUUCCAGGCCAACUUCAGGCGGAAGUGGCAUCAAGCUUAAACUUCUGAAGGGCCAGAAAAUGCAGAAGCAACCAGCUAAACAGACUCCAGUUGUGAUCAUUGGCAAGGCACCUUGUUUCCGGCCUUCGUUCCUGUCUGGAAAGGCUAAAGUAGGAUCAGCUUCAAACGCGACCACAAAGCAAGAGGAAAGCAAGCCGUAUGGUCCUGCACUUCCGCCAAAUUUGGCUUCGGCUUCAGCUGCAGACCUUGUGGAGGAGGCUAAGAAGAAUGAAGCAGCCAUGGAGAUCCCGCUUCCCACUUCUGCCUCAGAGGCUUCAGCCCAGGUGCCAACGACGGCCACUGCAGCCACUGUCAAGCCGCCCUCGGCUCCGACGUUGCCUGUCGCACAAGCUCCACGCAAGCAGGCCCUGAAGUCUGGAGUUGUGGCCAAGGUCACUUCACUGCCAAGCGUGCCAGGGGCCAGCAUGACUGAAGAGGACAUGGACCUGAAGCUUCUUGGCAUUGAGCGGGAUGAUAUUCAGCCAAUCGCUCCAGUGAAGCCGCCACCAGCAUAUGGUCCAGCACCGCCCCCACCACCAGUACAGCUGCCAAACCUAUCGGUGCCACCACCCAUGUUCCCGGUACCACCACCGAAACGGACCUUGUUGCCACCACCACAGUACCUGGCCACUGUGCCACCACCGACUCUGGCACCCUUGAACGUACCGCCACCCACAGCUACCUUGCAUGUGAGGCCUCAUUUACUAACCCAUGGCAGACCUUUUGUGGAAAAUGCUGGCUACGUCAAGCCCAACAACAACAACAGGGUUACAUGUAACACAGUGGUGCCCCUGCAAGUGUUGCGGCUGCCACCUCCACCACCACCUGAUGAGCCAGAGCCACCAGCAGCGCCAGUAGCAACAACAGGAAACACGACUGUUCAGAGGCCCACCAACCUCACUCCCAUCCAGAAGGCUGCACCCACCAGUUGUGCAACACCCACUGCUAAAGAGCCCCAGGAGUCGACACAAGCUGCUGAACCUUCUGUUGACUCCAGUGAUGGGAAAGAUGCAAGUGCCACGACUACCGAAGCAGCUGCAAAGUUGGAGAAAGCCAGUGCAGGUGAUGUUAAGCCUGUAACAACUAUGAUUGAUGCAAAAGCCACCGAGCUGCCUACUGAAGGUGCGAAAUCAAAAACAAAUGUGGACGUGAAGUUUGCUACUGCUGCUGACGUUGCGAAACCAGAAGCAGAAGAUGAGGGCGUGAGGGUUGCUACUGCUGCUGACGUUGCGAAACCAGAAGCAGCAGAUGCGGGCAUGAAGGUUGCUUCUGCUGCUGACAUUGCGAAACCAGAAGCAGCAGAUGCGGGCGUGAAGGUUGCUACUGCUGCUGAUGUUGCGAAACCAGAAGCAGAAGAUGCGAAUGUGAAGGUUGCUGCUGCAUCUGAUGUUGUAAAACCAGAAGCAGAAGAUGCGAAUGUGAGGCUUGCUAGAGCUGCCGAAGUUGUGAAACCAGAAGCAGAAGAUGCAGAUGUGAAGGUUGCAGUUGCUGCUGAUCUUGUGAAACAAGAAGCAGAAGAUGCUAACAUGAAGGUUGCUACUGCUGCUGAUGUUACAAAACCAGAAGCAGAACAUGCAGACAUGAAGGUUGCUACUGCUCCUGAUGUUGUGAAACCAGAAGCAGAAGAUGUAGAUGUGAAGGUUGCUACCGCUGCCAAUGUUGUGAAACCAGAAGCAGAAGAUGUGGAUGUGAAGGUUGCUCCCCCUGCUGCUGAUGUUGCCUCGGAGAGUGCCACUCAGCCUGUUAAUGAGUCAGUCAAUAAAGCUGUGGCUACGAAACCAUCAGAGCCAUCACAAGGUGAAGCCUCACAGUAUCCUGAACCUCAUGAAGUGACAGUGCUUGAAGGGGUCGCACCAAUAUCCUCAGACAGUUCACUUGCCAUAAGCGAAAGCUGUGUGGGCACAACCAUGGCUGAUGUUCCUAGCUCUGCUGUUGAAAGUGAAGGUGAUAAGACCGAAGAUAAAUUUGAAGCCUCUAUGAUCUCCCAACAGCAGGUCCAUGCCGAUGUUUCCCUAAAUCAGGAGAGUGAGGCAGUGCCAUGCCCUUCUGUUCAGACAGAAGCCGUUGAAGCUAAUGCUGAACACGCCACCGCUAGCUCCACAAGUGAGAAGGACUUGAAACUGAAUGAGAACACACAUCAGCUGUAUAGUAAAGAAACAAGCGAUGCAGCAAAUAUGCAAGUUACAGAGCAGCCUGGAACUAGCAGUUCUAGUUCCACUUUGCAAGGGCAGCAAAUCCCAGCUGUUAGUGCAACCAUUGAAGCGAACAAAGCAGACAUGGUAAUUGAAGGCAGUGGCUCAAGUUUACUAAACAUUUUAGGAACAGUGAGUGAGGGACAGUGUCAUACAGCGCCCUCUUAUGACUCAGAAAAAGUUGCCUUUAGUUUGUCAGAAAGCGAUCUGUUAAGUUGUGAUUUUAGCUUGCAAGCUGGUCCAGCGUCAAUAGGAACAGAUGAGGAAACCGUAUUUGCUGAAACUAGAAACACUUGUUCUCAGCCUGAGGAGCUUUCGGCAGGCAAGAAUGUGAUUGCAGACUUCAGCUUGGAGGACAAGGCUGACACUGCUGAAGAUAUGUCAAAUGUUGAAAAUGAAGCAAAGAACGUUGUAACAAGUUCAGGUAUUUUAAGGGGCGAGACAUUGAUUCCAGAAGACCAGAAUUUUGAGGGAGAUUCAUGUUCAAGUGCCACCACUGAGAUUGAGGAAAAUGUUUCAAGUGGAAUGGAGGUCAAGUAUGGAGACAGUGAGGAGCCUUCCAUUGAAAAGAAUGAGAUGUUUCAUGAAGAGAGUACAAUGCUCGCUACCAAAGAGGGAGAGCUGCUAGACAUGGACACUGAAGGGCUCACUGUGGCAGAUGUAUCGGAAAAUAAUACAAUCAAGAGCGAAAAAGUUGUUUUAGAGUGUAUAGACAGUACAGGCAAGACUGAGACUUAUGCAGAUCUACCUGUCGGUAAUUUCAAAGACGGUGAAAAAUUCAUUCAAGAUGUAGAGGCAGCCAGUGCCACCAGCUGCUCACAGGUGGCCAUGGAAGAUGCCACUACAGUGCAGUUUGUCCAAUGUGAAGAAGAGGCAAGCACUGUAAUGGAAGAGGAGGAAGUGUUGAACAGCGUAGCCAAAGCAGGAGAACAUGCAGAACACAUGGCCGAUGCAAGUGAAAACUGCCUAGAGUUUGGCAGUGCAAGUGAAACACUUGAUUGCCAAGCUGACGCUGUGGUGCCAUUCGCAUCAUUUGAUGAGCCGUCCACCGCAGGAGAUUGCUCUGUGCCCGUAGUGACAACACUGGGCCUGGACAGCCUUCUGGACGACUGCCCAGACUGGAAAACAGCCAUUUUGGAUGCCACUGACACCCUCGACGACAGUAUGCCAGGGGAGGGACUCUUUAAUAGCGCCUCUGUUUCAGCGGAGCCACUGGUCAGCGCAGUGGCUGCGGGGGGUGUGGCUCGAGACAGUGCAGGAUCUGAAGACAAGCCCAGCGACGGAGACUUUGAGGCGAGCGGCCAGCUGCUGCAGCCAGAUUUGGGUGAAGUGCCACUCGAAGAUGCGUCACUAGGUGCUGCUGAGCCAGUGCUUGAUGACGCCAAAACUUCUACUGAAGAUGAAUGUGUCCUGGAUGGAGACUUCGCGGUGGUGGAUGAAUGCUCGGACGAGGUGGCGCCUAAUGAAGACGACGAUGGCAUGGUUGUCAUGGAUCAAGCAUGAAUUGGGGACAGACGUGGUUGACUGUGUUUUGUUCUUUUCAUCAUUUUUUAAAAGCAUUUCUUACAUUUAUUUUGUUAUGUCAUUUGUUACUGCAUACAUUGUGCAUUUGUUUGAAUUUCCUUUGCUGGUAAACACAUUGGGAAUUACUCCUUGCCUUCAGUCAGCUAUGUGUGAUAGCAGCUCUGUGCAACCAGUUUCCCCUUUUGUGAUCCCCUCCUAAUUGUGUAAUAUGCCUUUCAUGCAUUCAAUAAAGACAUUAUACCAAGACCGUAUCUGAAGUAUCCAACUGGAAGACCAUAGCAUUUGUGUAAUGAUGCUCUGGAUUGUGAGGCAUUGUCUUGAGAAUGGCAGAGAGCCAUUGCAAGGGAUAAUUUUUGUAGAAUGUGAAUAGCAGGGGAAGCCCUGCAUGAAGAAGCCAGUAUGUUCAAGAGCACGACACAAAAAGAAGAUUGUGAGCGUAAGUCUCUUUAGCUGCAUGUCUUCUAUGACUUGUCAGCUCUGAUUUGAACUUAUUUGACCUUUGAAACAUUUUGGAGUGUAUUUUUCAGCAUUUGUUUUUUCUUGUUUACACUUUUGUGACAGAGUAACGGGGAGACAGUCCUUUUCAAAAAAAAAAGCAAAAGAACCGGUGUCACCAGGUAGGUUUUCAAGACAAAUUAUGGCACCUUCAUCACCACAGAGAAGUUCAUUGUCUGCGUUAAGACCUGGAAAGAAUCAUCAGCACCUUCAGGAUGUCAUCUCUCCUUUUUGAGGGGUUUUUAGUCUGCUGGGUGUUACCAAGAUCAUCAUGGAACUCAGUGCAAUUAAAUGAUUUUAUAUAGAACUGGUCCUGUCUUGAAAUUUUGCUGGCAGAAGCAAGAGCUGCUGUAAAGCAAGCUCAUUUUGUUGCUCAUGGUGUAGCAGAAAAUUGGGAGGAGUGACUGGCAGGGAAGCAUCUGAAUCUUGUGUGCAGGGCCAGGGAAGGGGUGCUGGAAGGGUAGAGCCUGAGCUUGUUAUACAGGGUUGAGUGUAUUUUAAGGCUGCAUAAAAAUUUUGGAUAUGAUUAAAAUUUUGAUAUGUUUGGAUGCCAGAGUGGCAUCCAAACAAUUAAUCCAAGCAAUUUAAGUGCAAAUGAAGUAUGGUCGUGCUGUCUAGUAGACAAGCCAUGAAAAUUGCACAACUUAUUGAAUGGUUAACAGACACGCCUGUAUCAACGUUGGCUCUAACCGAAUACCUGCAGCUAAGCUGGGUCAGGAGCUGGGUGCAUGUGCCUCGAAAUGAGCGGUAAAUUUCUCCAUGUGAAGUUGCAGCACGUGAUUCUGGAAACUCCACUCGCCAGUCUGUGCUGUGGCACUGCUGUUGGAAUGUGAAGUUUCAGCGCUGAUUGCUUAUUGCAGCUGUGUUCCAUUAUUAGUUUGUGUCCAGCAGGGGUGGUGGCCAGCUACCCUGCAAGCAAUACGUAACAUACUUUAGUGGAAACAUAUUUUUAACAAGAUAGGAUUUAACCGAUAUGAUGGUGCAUUCUUUGCUGUUGGUUUUUUCAGCACAGGCUACAAUUGAUUGUCAAGUAACCACCUUGCUGCAUUUGCUAAUUAACCAAUGUUUGUUAAUAAACACAUUUAUUGCUAGUUUUAACGUCGGCAUUGCAGAGGUAGUGUUGAGAGGACUGCGCAGGAAGCAAAAGCGUAUGCAAAUUUAGAAACGUCAUUCGUAGAGAUAUCCAUUGACAAAAAUGAGCCUUUUUUCGCUCCAAUGCCAAAACGGUGCACGCAAACAGUGCCCACAUUCUCAACACUGUCAUGAUGUAGAGCAGUUUGCUGCGAUGAUGAGGCAUCCAAUUCGUCGUGUGUUUGUACUGCAGGCGACAGUAGGUCAAAAAAUUAUCUUCGGGAGGUAAAAUGAUAGCAUGUGCACAGGCGGUCAACCCAUUUACUUGACUAAACCAAACAAGUUGCGAAGCAUCGCGUGAGCAGUUUUAUUGGUGCUCUUUGUGCACCUAGUUUCGGUAUCAGAGUGGGAAAGUGAAUUUUUUUCACAAAUAUCUUAACAGACUUAAAAUUGCUUAAAUCGCUUUUGCUUUCUGCAUAGUUGACUUCCAAUACUAGCCUUACAAUGUAUGUUCCAAAUCCUGUAAUUGAAAAGUUAACAAACCAAUCUGUUAGGGAAUGGACUGCAAUGGCUGCUCGACCUUCUAGUGGCCACCAUGUUAAAAUAAUGAGCAGUGAAGAAAAAAAAUUCAUCUGUUAAACCCUUUCUUUAUCUUUCUACUAAAACAGGUCACACGGUGUAUUUUGAUGUAUUGGGCUGAUUGUACUGCUGUUACAAAACGUAUUAAGAUUUUUAAAAGUUGUACUGAAUUGCACAUCUUAAUCUUCUGGACAACUGAUCAAAAAGAGUUGCUAUGAAACCGAUCGUUGCAAACAAAAUUGUGUGCUAGCUAAUAAUUUGAUACUGCCUGGUCGAGUAGGUGCACUGUGCUCAAGCAUUCAUGAUUCUGCUCGCUCGCUCACUGUUUCUUUUCCGCAGCCUGCAAACAACUCGGCGAUGAUGGGCAGACACUGGCCUGUCCUGUCCACGUGGCGAAGACCGCUGGCGUGCUUGUUUGCAUAGGAUUUUCUUGUUUUGCCGCCAUUUGCGAAAGCUGCAGCAACCUCAUCAGCAGCUCACGUGGGCGCGUCUAUUGCGAAUGCCUUCGCCCUUUAUGUCUAUGCAGACGACUUUCGUAAUUGGCGCCCGGCUAGCCUAGUGACCAUAUAACGAAGUGCCUAGUUGCUGACCAUAGUGGCUAUGCAGACCAUACCUCAAUCCAAUUUAUAUUGUGCGAAACGAUAAUUCUUUCUAGCUGAUUUGAAUACUGCCAGGCUGCAUUUGUGGGACUGGUGCAAUGGUGACGUAGAGUUGAACCCUCUUUGGCUGUACCCUCAUGCCUGAGUUACCUCUCUUUUAUUGCUUGUUCAAGCAAAAGUUAUGGUAAGUAUCAAAAUGAGCACAGAGGGACAGCAGGGUCGGUGUGCCCUCUACGGAUACAGUGUUGCAAUUUUUUUUUAUUUUUGAUGUGCAAGAAGACUUCAUUUUCUGGAAUCCUCGCUGCGUGCAGAGCCAGUGUUCAAUUUGUUGUAUGUGCAAUUGGGUGCAUUUUAUGAGUGCCCUGAAGUUGUGAUUGUAGCGUGGUUUUCACGAAGAGAUUAUCACAUGCCAAGGCUUCGUGUGCUCAGUAUGGUGAGCUGAGAUAACAUUACGAACUGUGCCAGUUGGGAAUAGUUUGUGUCCACUUAAAAAAAAAACUGGACUUGGACACGGAACAGCGCUGAGCUGUUUUCAGAUUUAGUGUGUGUCCUGGUAACGUGAAUAGCAUUCUUAGCAUUGCCAGACCAGUUUUUCUUCCUGCUUUAUAUCUCACCAUUUUGAUGGGCCGAUCCCGAAGAUAGUCCAGUCUAAAGAUGUCGGCUUAACGCCGGUGCUCUUCAAUAAAAAAUGAUUUAAAAUUUCUCUGUAUUCAUUUUCCUCUCAAAAGAAUGCUAUUCAUAUAAUUGUAGAUGAGUAUUGCCCAAAUUUUUGUAGCUUUUUUCUAAUAUGAAUGUUGUGACUGACCCUUUGAAGUGAUGUAAUGGCACCACACUACUGAGUGAACAGCUGCAACGCCGGUUUUCCCUCUGCUAAGUGUGCAAAGUGCUGCAGUGAACAAAAUUACAAUCUGCAAACCACAUUGUUGUAAACAACAGCAAGAUUAAUUUUCCCCGUCCACAUGGGUUCAUGCACACUACAGUCACUUGAAUUCAUACCAAUCAAUUUUCAUUGAAACAAGGGCUUUUAGAGGUUAAUUUUGUAAAAAUGAUUUUAGUUGCACCAUCUUUUACACCCAAGGCAGUGCACGUGGAAGGUGGCAAGCACUUAUAAUAAAGUGUCAGCAGCUGUGUUACCAUUUAAUUUGUGUGGUUGCAUGUGCCGAGACUUCUGUGAAAGUCAUGAGGCUAAAGAGAGUAGAGCUGUAGGUAUUGCUAAGGAGAUUGGCUGGUAUGUUUCAGCAAGGCAAUUCACAUUUCAGUAAAAGUGAUAAUAUUUUGGACACAGCUAGAUAAAUGACGCCACUAAGAGUAGCAGGUCGCGUGCAUGAAGAGCAUGGCGAGAUGCAUUCAUUACGAAAAUAUGGCUCGUAUAGACAGUUUCAACUGAAUCACAGCCCACACUUUACAAAACCUUGGCCAUGGAAUUUGGCAGCAAACGCACUGCCUAGUGGUGGCGGGGGUGGCGGCGCUGCCAUCAAAAACUCUGGUUGGUGUGGCUUUUCCGUGCAUGCGCAUAUGCCUUAAAGUAGUGUAACGGCCUGCAUUUAGCAAAACUGCAACUAGCUUGUGGGAAGUGAGCACACAGCUCUCCUCCCGUACCACUUUAUGAAGCAGUUCUCAGGUACAGUUCACAAAAAGGGUUUUGUUUAUAUUUUUCAUGUCUAAAAUGGUGUUGUUGCUCACAAUCAUUGGAAAUAAAUGUUAAAAAAACCUG